GGAGGAGGAGAGUCGACAGUCAUCUGAUUGUUUUCCUGUCCCACCCUCUACCGGACAGACGGAGAGAGUUCACGGUAAACGGGCUCAACACACCGCCUUCGGGAGCGUUUCUGAGCCGAGCGAAUGAAGACGAUCGACGCGCAGCGGCAGAAAGGACGCGACGCCAUUAAACCAGCGAGACGCGAUCAGCUGAGCGCCUCUUCCUGCCACAGACGCCGAGAAAGAAGUUCCAGAAUCUGAGCAGAACUUCAGAAACCGCUGAAAGAAGACCCGCGAUGGUCGGUCUGGACGGGGAAACCUGACGAUGCGAUCCAGGCGAGCGUGAGAGAGCGUUUCUGAGCGCGUUUCUGCGCGUUUGGCCGCAACUUGAAUUGGCUUUUCCUGCUAUUAUUCUUCUGAGCGCUUCCUGCUCGGCCAAAACCACAGCGAAAGCAGCGGCUAAAAAUACUGACGUCUCAAUGGAGCGCUGAACAGAGACUUCAACUCUCCUGGGCUGAUGCGUCUCCUCUUUCACCAGGCGCUUGGGCGUUUUAGAAAGACUUUGAGAUCUUGCUAAGUCAUGCUUUCGUCUCUUUGAACUUAUAUGACCUUUGUAAGUGGUGUUUUCGGAGUAUGCUGGAAGAAACGCUCUUCAAGUGACCAUCCGUCACCGAUUGGGACCUUGGAGCGUCCGUUUACUCCAUUCGCGUCUACAUGGGUAUUGAUGUCUGAUGGAGACACGUCCACCGAUGAUCCGGACUUACAGAGAUCUGGGGGCGAGAGGGGUCGUGACGUACCCACCUGAACUUCAACAACACACUUCAUCUGAUUUCAAUUCAAGUGCCUUGUAAACUCCAUGGAGCCGCUGAAGAACAUAUUCUCGCGCGGCCCGCUGUCCACCUGGAAGAGCCUGGAUCAGACUCAGAAGGGAAACUUCACCAACCCGGUUUGGACCGCUUUGUUUGACUACGAGGCCUCGGGGAAGGAUGAACUCACGCUGCGUAAAGGGGACCUGGUGGAGGUCCUGUCUCUGGAUUCUGAGAUAUCUGGAGACGAAGGUUGGUGGGCGGGAAAGGUCAACAACAAGGUGGGAAUCUUCCCCUCCAACUACGUCUCCUUCAACCCCAGCGGAGACGGUGAGCUGCAGGGCUCCGGUUUGGGACCGAGCGAGUUGGAGCCGGAGAUGGUGGACUUCAACGAGCUGAGUCUGGAGGAGGUCAUCGGGGUGGGCGGGUUUGGGAAGGUCUACCGAGGAACCUGGAAGGGCGAGUUGGUGGCGGUGAAAGCGGCCCGUCAGGACCCAGACGAGGACAUCAGCGUCACGGCCCAGAACGUCCAGAAUGAAGCCAGGCUCUUCGCCAUGCUCAAGCACCCCAACAUCAUCGCGCUCAUAGGCGUUUGCCUGCAGGAGCCCAACCUGUGCCUGAUCAUGGAGUACGCUUCGGGCGGCCCGCUGAGCCGCGCUCUGGCCGGACGACGGAUCCCGCCGCAUGUUCUGGUCAACUGGGCAGUGCAGAUCGCCCGCGGGAUGCAGUACCUGCACAACGAGGCCAUCGUCCCCGUCAUCCACCGAGACCUCAAGUCCAACAACAUUCUGCUGGCGGAGCCUGUGGAGAAGGACAGCAUCGAGGGCAAAACCCUGAAGAUCACAGAUUUCGGUCUGGCGCGCGAGUGGCACAAGACGACGAAGAUGAGCACGGCGGGAACCUACGCCUGGAUGGCACCGGAGGUCAUCAAAUCAUCCACCUUCUCCAAGGGCAGCGACAUCUGGAGUUAUGGUGUGUUAUUAUGGGAGCUGCUGACCGGAGAGGCUCCUUACAGAGGGAUCGAUGGUCUGGCUGUGGCUUACGGAGUCGCUGUGAACAAACUGACCCUUCCCAUCCCCUCCACCUGCCCCGAGCCCUUCACCCAGCUCAUGUCCGAGUGCUGGGAUCAGGAUCCUCACCGGCGGCCCAGCUUCUCCUCCAUCCUGCAGCAGCUGACGGCUCUGGAGGAACAGGUGAUGGACGAGAUGCCGCAGGACUCCUUCCAUUCGCUCCAGGAGGACUGGAAACUCGAGAUCCAGAACAUGUUUGAUGAGCUGCGAGCCAAAGAGAAGGUACGUGCGUGAUUCAGUGGUAGACCCGUCUGUGCUGCAGAUCUGUUCUCAUGGCUUAAUGGGACGGUCACCACAACUCCACAGCAAGCACAUGCAUGCACAAAUUCUGCUCAUGAAAUGUAAAAAUGUAAUUUUUUACAUUA